AUGUGGAAGCGCAACGAGACGCUGCCAGCGUGCACACUGAGCUGGAAAGACCUCUCGUAUUCGGCUCGCUCCAAGAAGGCGAUCCUGCACGACGUCUCGGGGCGCUGCGGCCCCGGCGAGUUCCUCGCGAUCCUCGGCCCUUCGGGAAGUGGGAAAACAACUCUGCUAGACCUCCUCGCCGACCGCAUCUCGAGUGGCAAGACGACAGGCGCCAUUGUUCUCAAUGGUCUGCCACGUGAACCGAGGUCGUUCCGAGCCGUCGCCUCGUACGUCGCCCAGGACGACACGCUUCUCGGAUCCUUUACGGUCCUCGAGACACUUCAGUUUGCCGCGCGCCUGAGCUUGCCUUCGACCGUAUCGCCCGCCGAGCGCGACACCCGACUGCAGCGCGUCAUCGACGCCAUGGGGCUCCGGUCGUGCGUGCACACGCUCGUGGGGGACAUGUUUCGCAAAGGGCUCUCGGGCGGCCAAAAGCGACGCCUCAGCAUCGCGAUCGAGCUCCUCAAACAGCCCCGCGUGCUCUUGCUGGACGAGCCGACGUCCGGGCUGGACUCGGCGACAACACUCAACGUCGUUCAGUGCAUCGCCAGCCUCUGUCGCGACGACCGCUGCACCGUAAUCUGCACGAUCCACCAGCCAAGCGCACGCGUCUUCCAGCUCUUUGACAAUGUGCUCUUGCUCGCGCAGGGCCGCGCCGUGUACCGCGGGCCGCCGCAAGCGAUCGUUGCGCACUUUCGCCCCCUCGGGUACGACUGCCCCGAGCACACGAGUCCCGCCGAGUACUAUUUGCGCAUCGUCAACACGGACUUUCACAGCCACGCCGACAUUGACGCGCUCGCAGAUGCAGUCGCCAACACCGCCCUCCACGACCAGUUGCUGCUCGAGGCGGCGGCGAGUGCGCCGUGGAGCGUGGCACCGCAGCGGCCGUCGCCGUUGGCGCAGAUCGUCGUGUUUCUCGAUCGCAACCUCUUGAACACACUGCGGAACCCGGGGAUUUUUUGGGUCCGCCUCGUCAUGUACUCGCUCCUCUCGGCCAUGGCCGGCACCAUGUACAUGCACCCGACGCCCGGGCCGGCCCACGACGCCAACCUCGUCGCGCUCCUCUUUGGCGUGCCCGCGUUCUGUAUCUUUAUGAGCGUCGCCGCACUCCCCUUCUUCCUCGAACAGCGAGCGGUGUUUGCCCGUGAGCGCGCCAACUGGGGCGUCAACGUCCUGAGCUUUGUCGUCGCCAACUUUGUCGUCGCGCUUCCAGCUCUGUUUAUGAUUGCGCUCUGCAGCACGUCGCUGGUCGUCCCGGCCGCGGGCCUCGGCGGCUUUGGCGUGUACUUUGGCGCGUUCUACCUCGGCCUUAUCGUCGCCGAGUCGGUCGUGCACGUGCUCGGCGCUGCCGUGGGCCAUGCGAUCGGCGGCAUCGCGCUCGGCGCGGGUCUUUUCGGGCAGUUUAUGCUGUGCCAGGGCUACCUCGUCGCGCGCGAGAGCAUCCCAAUUUACUGGCGCUGGUGCCACACGCUCGCGUUCCACUCGUACGUCUUUCAAGUGCUCAUGCACAACGAGUUUGCCGGCCGGAGUCCGGCCAUCCUCAUCGAGUUCAACCUCGAGGACGUCGACAUUGGCCGCUGCAUAGGCGUCCUUGUCGCGUACGCGCUUCUGCUCCAAAUCGGCUUUGGGCUCGUGCUCUACUUUGUUCACACCGGCCGGCGCUGA